UCUUCUGAAUUUUGAUUUUCGAAACUGGUUUAGCGCCGAUCCGUCGUGGAGGGAAGGACGAAGGAGACGCGAUUCUGCAGUUCGAGCUUCGAGGUAGGCGAAUGUCGUCGUCGUCCUCCGCCAACAUGGACGCCCGUCACGCUUCUCUCGGUCGGCGAACGUUGGAGGAGAUCCGCCAGAAGAGAGCGGCGGAGAGGCUGAGCAGGGCUCCCUCGGGCCCGGAUCUCGCCCAAGUUCCUUCUGGCUCCAACGGUGCUGAAGGGAUGAGAAAAUCGGAGAGCGGGAAUCGGCUCUCGGAGUCCGACGUUAGCAGCUUAGUUUCUCAGCUGAGGGAUUUCCAGAAAAUGAAUCUAGAAUUGGAGGAAGAAAACAGGAUAUUGGCAUCGCAGCUUCAAGCCAAGGAAGUUGAGAACACUACGCUGCUUAAACGUUUAAAUGAUCUGGAACAGAACACAGUACCUUCUUUGAGAAAAGCUCUCAGGGAUGUCGCUAUGGAGAAAGAUGCAGCAGUUGUUGCACGGGAGGAUCUUUCAACCCAGCUUCGCACACUUAAGAAACAUCUGAAGGAAGCCGAAGAAGAGCAGUAUCGAGCGGAGGAAGAUGCAGCAGCUUUGAGAGCAGAACUCUACUCAGUACAGCAACAAGCAAACGGAGGUCAGUUUGGUGGAAUGGCCUCUAUGGACAACUCUUUUAACCAGUUGCAGGCCUUGGAAAAGGAGCUGAGUAGGCUAAAAGAUGAGCUCCAGCAAGAAUCUACAUUGAGGCAAUUAGAGAAGCAAAGAUUUGUGGAUGAGCAAGCUCGAACUUCUUCACUGAUGUCUGAAAAGCAAGCUUUAGAAGAGAAAGUGGCUGCUCUGUCCAAAGAAUCUUCUGAGAAAGCUCCUGAGAACGCAGUUCAUGAAGCAAUGUCAGUGGAGGAUAAGGAGAAAUUAGAAAAGCAGUUGCACAAUAUGGCUGUGGCAGUUGAGAGGCUGGAAAAUAGUAGGCAGAAACUUCUUAUAGAGAUUGAUUCCCAAUCUUCAGAGAUAGAAAGACUCUUUGAGGAGAAUUCCAACCUUACCUCGUCUUAUCAAGAGGCAAUGAGUGCAGUAGCGCUCUGGGAAAGUCAGGUGAAAGAUUGUCUUAAGCAAAAUGAGGAGCUGCGAGGUGUUAUUGAUAGAUUAAGAGCAGAUCAGGCUAGGGAGGCGCUAAAAUGUACAGUGGAAUCUCAUGGAGAUGGGGUCAAUGAGAUAAGUUCACAGCCACCGGCAUAUAUGUCUGAAAUUCUCUCUCUAAAGGGCCAACUUGCAAAAGAGCAGACUAGAGCAGAAGCACUAUCAGCCGAGAUCUUGCAGCUCUCUGCACGACUUCAGCAAGCUACACAAGCAUACAAUGGUCUUGCACGCCUCUAUAAGCCAGUCCUGCGGAACAUUGAGAGCAGCCUCAUCAAAAUGAAACAAGAUGGUUCUGUGUCUGUGCAGUGAAAAGCAAAAACGAAUAUUCAGUGUACCAUUAAGAUAAAAUUUUGGUGAAAAUGCUAAAAGCACCAGCUCAUUGAUCAAGUUCAUAUGCAUGUGGUAUAAUUUUUUAUUUUUAAUAUCUUUUUGACUAGUUUUUUGUUUUUUUUUUUCCCUUCCCAAGAGUGGAAUUUUGAACCCUGGCCGGUGGAAGAGUUUAGUUUUUAAAUAUUUGUUUUCCCUUGACAUCUAUCGUGGUUUUUGACCAAAAAAGAAAUCUAUGCUGGUUUCCUGA